UCAAGACACACUCUUCGUUGGUCAUUGGGUCUAUCAUCUAGGCGUUGCUUAUGUAGUGCUUCGCUCAUCAUCUGCGCCAGGCGAUGCUCUCGACCCCGGCCCGGCCGCAUUUGGCCUCGAUCCUGGCGGCCCGGACUGCAAGUGGCGCUCGGAUCAUGGCAUGAAUGCUCCGCUCCUUACUUGAGUCCAGACGACGGGUCGACAUUCACUCGCUCUUGCUCUCCUCGGCGCGCCUCGCUCGUAUAUUGCUGACGAGCUAUUUAUAACAUGAUAACAUCCGAUCUGUGUGUGAUCUCGGAAUGUAUAAUUACUCGAUCAGCCAACCUCGAGUGAGUCAAAGUGCCAUGACUCAUCUUCAGUCUCAAUCAAGUAGCAUUUACCCCUGCAUUCUUACUCUCCCAUCGCAAUGAUUGAAUCCUCAGUUCCAUACUUUGCAGUGAUCUUCACGUCGACCCGCCGUGCAGUAGAAGGAGAUGGGUACCCUGAAAUGGCCGCGAGAAUGGACGCGUUGGCCCACGAACAGCCAGGCUUCGUCGGCAUAGAUUCUGUGUCAUCUCUUGUCCAAGAUGCGACACCAGAAACACCUUGGCAGAUCCGCUCCGGGAUUACGAUAUCGUACUGGAAGGACGAGGACGCCAUUCGCAACUGGAAGAGUAACUUAGAGCACCUCCUCGCGCAAAAACUUGGGAAGAAGACUUGGUAUCUGCGCUAUGACGUGCGAGUAGCCAGGGUUGAAAGAGCGUACUCUGGAGGGUCGGAAGAGGCGCCUUCCAUGUCUGUCAGUAAUACUUAGCUCAUCCGAAUCAUCCUGCAGCAGUUCUGCAUUGAUACAAUAUACAACGUCGAGGGCUGCCCAUCUCCAAAGCCUCGA